AUGGCCGACUUACAACACGCUGGUCAUCACUUUCAAACCGUGUCGUGCGAGUUAUGGAAAGUCAGUGGCCCAAAAGUCCGCAUAAAGAAGGAUUGUUCCGUUUGCUUUUCGGUAGACACUGUUGUGACGAGUCAGGACAUUGUGGUUGGUUUCGACAAGUCAGGAAUUGACAUCGAUUCCAUUACUUCGAUUCAAAGAAAGGCGAGCAACAAUACGUGGAUUGUGACCUUUGACUCUCCAGUUUCCAAGACCGCUGCACUCAACGAGCAGAGUGUUACCAUUUCGGGCUGCGUCGUUUUUCUGGGUGACUGUGAGAACAAGGUUACCAUUGUUAAAUUGUACGAGCUACCAACGGAACUGCCGGACUUGGUCAUUAUCGGUCGCUUGUUGCAUUAUGGCCGCGUGUUUUCCUUCCGACGAGACCGGAUAGCAGAGGGAAUUUACAAUGGGGUACGCACCGCGCGAAUGGUCCUCGACCGGCCUAUUCCGGGCCAAACGUUUAUUGCUGGCGAAUUCGCCCGUAUUCGUACCCUGGCCAGCCCAAAACCUGCCGAAAAUGCGGUGCAGAAGGGCACCUUGCAGCCUCGUGUAAAUCCCAGCGCUGCUUCAACUGUGAACAGCCUGGCCAUCGCUCGGACGACUCUCCUUUGUCGCCCCUGUGUCGCGUGUGCUUGGCCGAUUCUCACCCCACCCCGCAGUGUCCUUAUAUUUAUUACAGCUCUAAUGUUCUUUCCGUUAAGGUUUCUGCCUCCAGUUAUCUUCAAGCUGCUGAGAGAGGAAAGCAAGCCGAGGAGGAACGCGCUGAACGCGAGCGGAAGGAGAAAGAACGCGAGAGAAAGGAGAAAGAGCGCGCGGAGAGGGAACGUGAGGAACGCAAGAAACAAGAACGAAAGGAGAGAGAACGCAAAGAGAAAGAGAAAGAGGACCGCAGAGAGAGAGAACGUAGAGAUCACGAGCGUCAGGAGAAACAAGAUCGAAGGGAGCGUGACAGGAAGGACAGACACCACCGUAGAAGGGAGGAUCAGGCUGACAGUGGGGAUGAACGCAGGAAAGAAAGCAAGGAAGAUAGUCGCCGCGAUCGCGACUACGAUCGCUCAGGUCGCGACCGUUCUUCCCACCGUUAUAGCCAUGCCAGUAGCAGCGAAUCUGAAGAUGAUCGUGAUCGUGGCUGGAUUAAAGUUACACAUCGCAAGAAAAGCAGGUAUUAUUAAUUUAUUUUUAUUUAACUUACCUUCGAGCAACUUAAACUCCUUACCAUCAAUGUUCGUGGGCUAGGAACUGCCCGUAAACGCGACCUUUUUCUUCACGAGUUAAAUGAGAAUCUUAAUUAUGAUAUUUUUCUUUUGCAAGAAACGCAUAUUUCUUGUAAAACUCAGGCUGAUCUUGUUGAGAAAAAUUUUAAAGGCCAAUGUCUUUGGUCCUUUGGGAUAG